GUGUGUGUGUGUGUGUGUGUGUGUGUGUGUGCGGAGUGUGUGCGCACACGCCUUCGGGGGCCGGAGUGACACUGCAGUGGGCUUGUCCCCAGCCCCGGCCUUCAGCUGUUCAGCCCACAAUCUGCUGGCACCGCUUUGGGGAAGCAGCUUGCCGCUUUCAUCUUUCCAACCUUCUUCAUCCGUUCAUCCGCCCCUCGCCGACGUUACUUUUCCUUUUACCCACCGGGCUGCGGCCGGCCCCCCACAACCGGUGCAAACACUCAAGCUGCCUCCAGCUCUCUCGUAAGCCACUAUUUCCCCACCUGACUCUCUCUGGGGUUCCUUCACGAGCCAGCCCAGGGCUCCUCCAUCCUUGGAAACUGUUUUGUUUGACUGCUGUACCGAGGCGUAAAGCUUGAGGACUUCAUUAUUAUUUUGAGUUUUUUCAUUUCCUCCCCCUCUGGGCAACGGAGCAAUGAAAUUUCCAAUCGAGACGCCAAGAAAACAGGUGAACUGGGAUCCUAAAGUGGCUGUUCCUGCAGCAGCGCCGGUGUGUCAGCCCAAGAGUGCCACUAACGGCCACUACCCAGCCCCACGUCUCUCCAUUUCCUCCCGAGCCACAGUGGUAGCCAGAAUGGAAGGUGCCUCCCAGGGGGGCCUGCAGACCGUCAUGAAGUGGAAAACCGUGGUUGCCAUCUUCGUGGUCGUGGUGGUCUACCUCGUCACAGGUGGUCUCGUCUUCCGGGCAUUGGAGCAGCCCUUUGAGAGCAGCCAGAAAAAUACCAUUGCCUUGGAGAAGGCGGAAUUCCUGCGGGAUCACAUCUGUGUGAGCCCCCAGGAGCUGGAGACCUUGAUUCAGCACGCUCUUGAUGCUGACAAUGCCGGAGUCAGUCCCAUAGGAAACUCUUCCAACAACAGCAGUCACUGGGACCUUGGAAGUGCCUUUUUCUUUGCUGGAACUGUCAUCACCACCAUCGGGUAUGGGAAUAUUGCUCCAAGCACAGAAGGAGGCAAAAUCUUUUGUAUUUUAUAUGCCAUCUUUGGAAUUCCACUCUUUGGUUUCUUAUUGGCUGGGAUUGGAGACCAACUUGGAACCAUCUUUGGGAAAAGCAUUGCAAGAGUGGAGAAGGUCUUUCGAAAAAAGCAAGUGAGCCAGACCAAGAUCCGGGUCAUCUCAACCAUCCUGUUCAUCUUGGCCGGCUGUGUGGUGUUUGUGACGAUCCCGGCUGUCAUUUUCAAAUACAUUGAGGGAUGGACAGCCUUGGAGUCCAUUUACUUCGUGGUGGUCACUCUGACCACGGUGGGCUUUGGUGACUUUGUGGCAGGGGGAAACGCUGGCAUCAAUUACCGAGAGUGGUAUAAGCCCCUAGUGUGGUUUUGGAUCCUUGUUGGCCUUGCCUACUUUGCAGCUGUCCUCAGUAUGAUCGGAGAUUGGCUACGGGUCCUAUCCAAAAAGACAAAAGAAGAGGUCGGUGAAAUCAAGGCCCAUGCAGCCGAGUGGAAGGCCAACGUGACUGCCGAGUUUCGGGAGACACGGCGGCGGCUCAGUGUGGAGAUCCAUGAUAAGUUGCAGCGGGCGGCCACCAUCCGCAGCAUGGAGCGCCGGCGACUCGGCCUGGACCAGAGGGCGCAUUCGCUGGACAUGCUUUCCCCGGAGAAACGCUCUGUGUUUGCUGCGCUGGACACAGGCCGCUUCAAGGCCUCAUCCCAGGAGAGCAUCAACAACCGGCCCAACAAUCUGCGACUUAAGGGGUCUGAGCAGCUGAACAAGCACGGGCAGGGUGCUUCUGAGGAUAACAUCAUUAACAAGUUUGGGUCCACGUCCAAACUCACCAAGAGGAAAAACAAGGACCUCAAAAAGACCUUGCCUGAGGACGUUCAGAAGAUCUAUAAGACCUUCCGAAAUUACUCCCUGGAUGAGGAGAAGAAAGAGGAGGAGACAGAAAAGAUGUGUAAUUCGGACAACUCCAGCACAGCCAUGCUGACGGACUGUAUCCAGCCUCAUGCUGAGAUGGAGAAUGGGAUGGUGCCCACGGACACCAAAGACAGGGAACUCGAGAACAACUCAUUACUUGAAGACAGAAACUAAAUGUUCAGGUCCUUGGACUCGGAUUACACGUUGUUUUUUUUUUUUAAUAUUCACCCUGAGACAUGUGCCUUAAAAAGACUUCUUGUUAGUCCAAAAUUACAUAGCAUUGGAGAAUAUAUUUCACUGUGCCAUAAACCACUGAAAGCUUGCUCUGCCAAAAGGAAUCAAAGAUCAAGAACUUCCCUUCAGAUAGCUGGAGGACACCUAGGGCAUGUUUGCACAUGUAGCAGGUGACGGCUGUGCAUGUUAAGGCGGUUUCCAUGGCAAUGCUGUACCACUGGACAGCACCACCAUGGCACAGCAUGUAGAAAAGGGCAGCUAUUCCUUAGACCAGCCUCUUGAGAGGAACAGGUGUGUCUUUUAAAUGGCGUCUCAUCCCCUGAACCUACCGUUAGUGAUAUGUGCACAACCAGAAAGGGACCUGCCUGGGCUUGAACUGGCAACUGUAACUUGGGUUAGAGUUGAUAUUUUGGCAUGUGCUCUGAGCUUGAAUUUUGAUACAAACCAUUCAGUGAAUAAUACCUAGUCUUUCUAAGCUCCAAAUGAGUGUCCAUGUGACCUGAGAUCACCUGGGAUUUGUUGGAAGCAGACCAGAGCACACGUAUUAAAAGGUGCAAUUGCUUUUCUCAUUGCAAAAGAAAAAAAAUCACAAACACAUCACACUGUGGAUCUAUCAC